AUGGACCGUUAUACACCGUCACCAAAUACAAUCGCGUCAAUUUAUGGAGCUUCGAUACUGGACGAAUCUUCCCGCGCGGAAAAUACGAGUUUUCAGCAAGUGGAUCAGCUUGCAUAUGAAAUACCGCAUAAUAAAUACGCGAAAAAUCCGUGGAGUUACGCACCCGAAUUUUUAAAAGUGUUUGGUGAUGUACGAGCGCAUAUUGGUGGGCAAGCGAUUUUCGACUGUAUCUUGCUUGGAUCACCAAGGCCGAAGGCUUGUUUUUCUGCGUUUCAUAGUUUCAAGAAGAACUUUCAGCUUUAUUUCCAGGUUUUGUGGUUGUUCAAUAAUGAAAAGUUGAAAUUUGAUGAUGUUCAAAUAGACGACACAGCUGAUUUGUGUAGGUUGACGAUACCAUAUGUGCAAUCAUAUCACUAUGGUACCUAUACAGUGCUAUGUGAGAAUGAGGUGGGCCGAGCAGUAGCUUCUGCCGAUCUCAUGCCAAUGUACAAAUAA